CUUAGAUGAGACCCACAAAACAAAAACAUCCUAAAACCCUUCGCUCCUCCGAGUUCUCUUCUCUCUCCUCUUGUCUUUCAGAGAAAAUCAAAGGCUUUAGACAAUCAGACAGCGCGACAUGCAAAUCCUACUUUCCAUGGAUGUACUUGUAGCCUUGUAGAGAUAGGGCAUGCACCGCCACAGAGCAUGUUACGAAGAAGCCUCACUUUUUCCUCCUUCAACUCCCACAAGCACCUGAACAAAUCUGUUUUAUUGAGUGGGUGGCGUGGAAGGCAAUACGCUGGUAGCGCUAACGCUGCAGCUGCAGAGGCAGAUGCAGAGGCAGAGGCAGAAGCAGAAGCAGUGGCAGAAGCACCAAAACCAAAUGUCCGCAGAGUUAAAGGGAAAAGGCUUUCCAAAGCGGAGCGCCAAGCUAUGCUUGAACCCUUUGUCAACAAGUACAGAGCAAUGAAUGCUGGGGCAUUCCCUACUGUUUCAUGUGCUCAGAAAGAACUGGGUGGCUCUUACUAUGUGGUAAAGGGCAUCCUUCAGGAGUUACAAUACAAAGCUAAGAUGUCACCCUGGUCUCCCGUAAGUGCGGAUAUGCCAAAACAAGAAGAAGUUAGAGAAAUUGAAUCUUUGGCUCAAGUUGAAGAGAAUUCAAACAGUCAGGUGUCAGUACAUGCCAGCACUCAAACUGAUUCUGAGGCGACAUAUGAUGCUGAUCUGCCAGGACAAGAGGAUGUUGGUGAAAUUGAAUCUUUGACUCAAUGUGAAGAGAAUUCAAUCUCUGAGGUGUCCGCAGAUGCGGGUGUUCAAAAUGAUUCUGAAGAGACAUAUGAUACUGAUCUUCCGGGACAAGAAGAAGUUGGAGAAAUUGAAUCUCUGACUGGAGUUGAAGAUAAUUCAACCUAUGGGGUGUCAGCAGAUGCCAGUGGCAGGCAUUUAGAAGCCAAUGAAGAGGCACAGGCUUCCUCCUCAGUUGAGAUCUUAUCUGAAGAGGUUAUCACUCGAGGAAGUGAUUCUGAUCUUGUUGCAACACAAAGUAAUUUGCUGAAAGUGGAUUCUGUGGAAUCUUCUUAUAAAGACCUUGAUGAACUUAGUAAUAGUAAGGAGGAAGCUAAGCAGAAUCUUUCUGGUUCUAUUUCUAAAGAAUGUCAACUGUCAGAAGAAAGAUUCGAGGUUGUUUCUUAUCCAUUUGGCAAAUCUGAGAAUAGUGAAAGAGCGGAAGCUGAAGCUGACAAACAAGAUUUUGUUGCAAAAGAAAAAGAUCUGCCAAUAGGGGAAGCUAAUAGAGCCUCUCUUCCAAGUUUUGGUGAUAUACAGGAUAUGAAAAAACAAGAAGAUGCCUUAGAAGAUCUACCAGAUUAUGAUGAUUUAAAGUGUAAAAGAGAGAAAUAUGAAGAGAUCCCUCAGCCAGACAAACUUCCCAAAGACCUUCCUGGUAGGCAGGCUGAUGAUGCAGAGCCUUCAAGUAAAUCAACUCUAUGGGGGAAUAUGAAGUCAUUUGCGAAUGGCAUUAUCAGUAUCUUCAGAAAACUGUAAUCUUUGUCUCGGUAACGAUGAGACUUUUAGUAUGUUAAUGUUUUGUCAGGGUGGUGAUGGCAUAUAAGGUCAAUACAUCUAGCUUGUACAUACCGCUGAAAUUUGAAUAGUUGCACAAUCAAGUUUAUGGUUCACAUGAGGUUGGGGUGUUUGAGGA